CCGGCAAGCCGUGCGAGAAACACGCGACCGAUGUACAAGCGGUUCACUUAUUUAUCGUGGCCCCGAGGAAACUGAUCGUGAAACAUGUUGUGAAUUUUUCACUGGUAGAUCGUUCUCCAGCCUCUUCUCCCGCCCGGCGUGCUUGUCUGCCAGGAUCCCUUUAGAAAUUCCUACAAAGGGCGUAACACCAGCAACCUCGAUUCUCGUUUAAAAAAUUGAAAGACUAUUUCUCGUGGCUCGAGUAUCUCUCGAAACGCGUUGCUUCAACGGUGCGCGCAAGAUGUUGUCUCUGCUGUUGCUGCUUUUACUCUUUCGUCAAUUCUCGCCCGCCAUUGGGUUCAACAUUCUCGGAAUUUGUCCCAGCGCGAGCUACAGCCACCAGCAACCCUUUCAAGCAUUGAUGAAAGCUUUGGCGGCUCGUGGACACAACGUCACCGUGAUAUCAACCAUUCCGUCAAAGAGGCCGAUCAAGAACUACGAGGACGUCGAUUUGUCGUUUUCCUAUAAGAAGAAAGACUGCACGGGUCUAAGGCACAUGGGAGCGUUCACCCUGCUGCGGAGGAACAUGCAAGAGGCGAACGAGCUGUGCGAGGAGCAACUGUUCAGCCCCGCCAUCGGCCACCUAAUUUCGAGGAACAAGAGCUUCGACGCCGUGAUUAUAGAACAGCUAUGGUACCAGUGCUAUUACGCCCUCGUGAAGCAUUACAAUUCGCCUGUUCUAAUCGGAUUCUUGAGCGUUGGCAACCUGCCGUACGUCAUGGACUCUGUCGGGAACCCGGACGAUCCUCUGUUGAACCCCGAUAUGGCUUACCCUUUCACGGGCAGGAUGAGCCUGAGCGAGCGUAUCUGGAAUACCUUCUACACGACGUGGACCAGGGUGUAUUACAAAUACUGGCACUUGCCAAGGGCGCAGAAGAUCGUUAACAAGUGGAUGCCUGAAGUUUCGGUGCAGGACAUCGAUAGAAACUUCAGUCUAGUGAUAUUGGGAAACAAUCACGUAUUCGGAUAUCCGAAACCGCUGCUGCCAAAUGUAAUCGAGGUUCACAGUCUCCAAAUCACGGGAGAAAGCGAGACCUUGCCCAAGGACAUCAAGGAAUUCCUGGACAAGGCGGAAGACGGGGCGAUCUAUUUCUCCCUAGGCUCGAACCUGCAAACUCAUCAGUUGCCAGUGGGCCCUUUGACCGCAUUGUGUAACGCGCUGGGCUCACUGAGGCAAAGAGUUCUAUGGAAACACAGCGGAGACAUGGCCAUUCAUCCAGCCAACGUGAAAUUUGUGAAGUGGGCACCCCAGCAAGCGAUUCUCGCACAUCCGAAAGUGAUGGUCUACGUGAUGCAAGGUGGAUUGCAGUCGUUGCAAGAGGCGGUAUACUAUUCUGUGCCGGUAGUCGCCAUUCCCUUUUUCGGGGAUCAACUUUUCAAUGCGCGUAAAAUUCUGGAUGCAGGUAUCGGACUUACGCUAAACAUCGAUACCAUCACCGAAGAAUCCGUCGUACGAACUCUCGUCGAUGUUAUAGAAAAUAAAACAUAUUAUAACAACAUCAAAGUCAUGUCGGAGAUUAUAAAAGAUGAAUUAGUAAAACCAAUGGACCGUGCUGUUUGGAACGUGGAACACGUUAUUAAAUUUUCCAAAUCGAAACAUUUGCGUUAUCACGGCCACGAUAUGUCGUUGUUAGAUUAUUAUGGAACCGCAAUGAUACUUAUCUCGCCGUUAAUUUUAUUAUGCUGCGCUUAUGUAAUACUUAAUAAUCCGAAAAUAACGAAACAAUGUUUCUCGAUCAACUAUACGAAAGGCCGAAUUAAGUCUCUUUCAAAACCAAAGUUGCAAUAG